AUGAGAGCUUUAGCGUAUUUCGGUAAAGGUGACAUCAGGUUCACCAAUCAUUUGAAGGAGCCACGAAUCGUGGCUCCCGAUGAGCUUUUGAUUGAUAUCGCAUGGUGUGGUAUUUGCGGUACGGACUUGCACGAGUACACAGAUGGCCCUAUCUUCUUUCCAGAGGACGGGCACACGCAUGAGAUUAGUCAUAACCCAUUGCCGCAGGCGAUGGGCCACGAGAUGGCUGGUACGGUUUUGGAGGUGGGGCCUGGUGUGACCCACUUGAAGGUCGGUGACAAGGUAGUUGUCGAGCCCACGGGUACAUGCAGGGACCGGUAUCGUUGGCCCCUGUCGCCGAACGUUGACAAGGAAUGGUGUGCUGCUUGCAAAAAGGGCUACUACAACAUCUGUUCAUAUUUGGGACUUUGUGGUGCCGGUGUGCAGAGUGGUGGAUUUGCAGAGCGUGUUGUGAUGAACGAAUCUCACUGCUACAAAGUACCGGACUUCGUACCCUUGGACGUUGCGGCUUUGAUCCAGCCCUUGGCUGUGUGCUGGCAUGCAAUUAGCGUCUGCGAGUUCAAAGCAGGCUCUACGGCUCUGAUCAUUGGCGCUGGCCCCAUCGGACUGGGCACUAUACUAGCGUUGAACGCUGCUGGUUGCAGGGACAUUGUCGUCUCAGAGCCUGCCAAGGUAAGAAGAGAAUUGGCUGAGAAAAUGGGUGCCAGGGUCUACGAUCCAACUACACAUGCUGCCAAGGAGAGCAUUGACUAUCUGAGAUCAAUUGCUGAAGGAGGUGACGGUUUUGACUACACGUUCGAUUGCUCCGGGUUGGAAGUCACAUUGAACGCUGCCAUUCAAUGUCUCACGUUUAGGGGCACUGCAGUGAACUUGGCCAUGUGGGGUCAUCAUAAAAUACAGUUUUCUCCAAUGGACAUCACACUGCAUGAAAGAAAGUACACGGGGUCUAUGUGCUAUACACAUCACGAUUUUGAAGCAGUGAUUGAGGCUUUGGAAGAAGGUAGGAUCGAUGUUGCCAGGGCAAGACAUAUGAUAACGGGCAGAGUCAACAUUGAGGAUGGUCUCAGUGGCGCCAUCCUGAAGUUGAUAAACGAGAAGGAGUCUACCAUCAAGAUUAUUCUUACUCCCAACAAUCACGGAGAGUUGAACAGGGAAGCCGAUAAUGAAAAGAAAGAAAUUUCCGAGCUGAGUAGUCGCAAAGAUCAGGAAAGACUACGAGAGUCGAUAAACGAGGCCAAGCUGCGUCACACAUGA